AUGCCUUACCAAAUUCUUACUGGGAGCUCGUGCUACACGAGUUCCGAAGCCCAGAAGCUCCUGGGCCGGAUCAACAAGCAGACCGACGCCAAGCUGCAGUCCAUCCAGGGCAACUGGCUGUACUAUGUCGACCUGAAGAAGGGCCAGACCGGCCUCGACAAGGUCCAGCAGUUGCUCCAGGUCAACAACGCCUCGGCGCCCGCCCCUGCAUCGCAAUCCGAGAACACCGUCACGCUCUACAUCACUCCUCGCAACAUCUCGCCAUGGAGUUCCAAGGCCACCAGCAUCGCCCACGUCUGUGGCCUCAAGGACCAGGUUCACCGGGUCGAAAGGGGUCGAGUGGUCACCAUCCAGUACGAGAACGCGAGCAACGCAGGAGAUGACCUGCCCUUCCGCGAUGUCAUCCACGACCGAAUGACCGAGACGCUCGGCAUCGAGCAGCCCUCCAUGGACGCCAUGUUUGCUGAACGUGACCGCUCUCCUCUUGUCGUCGUCGACAUCUUUGCGGACGAUAGCCGUGGACCCCUGGCGGUGCUCGACGAUUACAACAAGAAAAUGGGGCUGGCAUUGAGUGCCGAGGAGAUGCAAUACCUGGUGGAUUCAUAUACUCGGCUGGGAAGGCCACCACACGACGUCGAACUGUUCAUGUUUGCUCAGGUCAACUCCGAACAUUGUCGCCACAAGGUCUUCAAUGCAGCCUGGACAAUCGACGGCAAGCCCAUGGGCAAGAGCCUGUUCGAGAUGAUCAAGAACACCCACAAGAAGACACCUGACUAUACCGUCUCUGCAUACAGCGACAAUGCCGCCGUUCUUGAGGGAGGACUCUCCAACUUCUGGGCACCAGACUAUUCCACAGGCACAUGGAAGCUCUCCAACGAAGUGAUCCAUCCGCUGAUUAAGGUGGAGACGCACAACCAUCCCACAGCCAUCUCACCGUUCCCUGGCGCUGCUACGGGUUCAGGAGGCGAGAUCAGGGACGAAGGUGCUGUCGGUAGAGGCUCAACACCCAAGGCCGGUUUGUGUGGCUUCUGGGUGUCGGAUCUGCUCAUCCCCGGCAGAAAAGAGCCGUGGGAGGUCGACAUUGGCCGACCUGGUCAUUAUGCCAGCAGUCUCGACAUUAUGCUGGAAGCGCCAAUCGGCUCUGCACGAUUCAACAACGAGUUUGGUCGGCCAUGCCUGACCGGCACCUUCAGAACUCUGCUCACAAACACCGAGGGCGAACAUUCUAACGCCAACACCGAAUGGAGAGGAUACCACAAGCCAAUCAUGAUUGCUGGCGGCAUUGGCUCUGUCAGGCCACAGCAUGCCCUGAAGAACGAGGCAGAUGUGCUCGACGGCGCCCACGUCAUCGUUCUCGGAGGGCCCGCGAUGUUGAUUGGACUCGGAGGAGGAGCUGCCUCGAGCGCCGUUGGUGGCGGCAACGCGGAUCUCGACUUUGACUCUGUGCAGCGAGGCAACCCAGAGAUGGAGCGCCGGGCGCAGAUGGUCAUCAACACUUGUGUUGCCCUCGGUGCCAACAACCCCAUUGCCAUGAUCCACGACGUGGGUGCCGGUGGCCUCUCAAACGCCCUUCCCGAGCUGGUCAAAGAUGCUGGAUUCGGCGGCAAGUUCGAACUGCGACAGGUUGAGAGCGCCGACAACAGCAUGAGCCCAUUGCAGAUCUGGUGUAAUGAGGCACAGGAGCGAUACGUGCUGCUCGUCAACAGGGACAACAUGAACCGCUUCCAGGUCAUCUGCGAGCGCGAGCGUUGCGGUUACUCGAAUGUCGGAAACGUGGUUGCCAAGGACGACAAUGGUGCUUCCCGACUGGUUCUGCAAGAUCGAGAAUCCAGGGAGUACCCCGUUCCAAUUGAUCUGCCUAUGGACGCUUUGUUCCCACCGGGCCGCCGUCAGGAGCGAGUGGUCGAGAGUAUCAAGGCGCCUCUGGUUCCCUUCGAUGCAGCCACUAGCAUAUCGGAGAAGUAUGGCCUCUCGGACAAGACGGAAGUCAUUUCCAAGGCCAUUGAGCUUGUCUUCUCCCUCCCAUCGGUCGGAUCGAAGAUGUUCUUGAUCACCAUCUCAGACCGGACUGUCGGUGGACUUACGGUGCAAGAUCAACUCGUUGGACCAUGGCAGACGCCUGUGGCAGACGUCGCCGUGACACUCGGCUCCUUUGGAUUCGAGGAUAAGACCCGCCAUGGCGAGGCAAUGGCAAUGGGAGAGAAGCCGACGCUUGCCCUCAUCUCUGCAGCAGCUUCCGCGCGGAUGGCCGUCGUUGAGAGUCUAAUGAACCUCGGCGCUGCUCACAUCAAGGGCGCCGCAGACAUGCGCGGGGAUCUGCGGCGUGUCAAGUUGUCUGCCAACUGGAUGGCCGCUGUAAACCACCCUGGCGAAGGCGCUGCGCUGUUCGAAGCUGUCAAGGCCAUCGGCAUGGAGCUGUGCCCAGAACUCAAUGUCUCCAUUCCGGUCGGCAAGGACUCGACCUCGAUGAAGGCGUCUUGGAAGGAUGAAAGUGGAGAGUCCAAGAGUGUGACGGCUCCUGUCUCAGUUGUCAUCUCUGCUUUCACACCUGUCGAAGACGUUCGCAGCACCUGGACGCCACAACUCCGACGUGUUGAGGAGGUUGGCGAUUCUGUACUCAUGUUUGUCGACCUCGCCGGAGGUCGCAAGGCCAUGGGAGGUUCAGCUCUGGCACAGACACUGGGACAACUUGGUAACGAGGCGCCCGAUGUCCACGACUCUAGGCUGAUCGUGGACUACUUCGAUGCCCUGUCGCAACUGCACGAAGAGGACAUUGUGCUAGCGUACCAUGACCGCUCUGAUGGUGGCCUGCUUACCACCAUCGCUGAGAUGAUGUUCGCCGGUCGCUGUGCAGCUGACAUCUCGGUUGAUGAAAUUGCCAAGUCUGCGUCAACCUCAGAUGUCCUUGAGGCUCUCUUCAAUGAGGAGCUCGGUGCCGUGUUCCAGGUCCGCAAGUCAGACGAGAAGAGAUUCCUGCGUUGCUUCGCAACUUGCGGGCCGCCGCCAGGCCUGAUCAAGAAGAUUGGCUACGUCCGGCCGACUUCCAAGCAGUCCCUGUCAGUAAAGUAUGGUAUGACACCGGUGGUCGACCUGGAUAGGGCUCAGAUGCAGCAGUGGUGGUCAACAACUUCGUACGAGAUGCAAAAGCUUCGGGACAACCCGGCUUGUGCCGAGUCAGAGUUUGCCUCUCUCACCGAUGCCAAGGAUCCAGGUCUCUCAUACAGGCUGAAGUACGACCCCGCCGACGCCAGCCUCCCGGCGCUCACAAAUUUGAAGUCCCUGGUCACGCAACGGCCCCGCGUCGCCAUCCUGCGCGAGCAGGGUGUCAACGGCCAUGCCGAGAUGGCGUUCGCCUUCCGCGCCGCGGGCUUCGACGCCGUGGACAUCCACAUGACGGACAUCCUGUCGGGCUUCUCCCUCGAUGGCUUCCGCGGGCUGGCGGCGUGCGGCGGCUUCUCGUACGGAGACGUGUUGGGCGCUGGCCAGGGAUGGGCCAAGUCGAUCCUGAUGCACGACAACGCGCGCAAGACGUUCGAGGCCUUCUUCCGGCGGCCCGACACGUUCAGCCUGGGCGUGUGCAACGGGUGCCAGAUGCUGUCGCGGCUCAAGGAGCUCAUCCCCGGCGCGGAGCACUGGCCCGCCUUCGUGGAGAACACGAGCCAGCAGUUCGAGGCGCGGUACAGCAUGGUGCAGGUCAAGUACGACGACAGCAGCGUCUUCCUCUCCGGCAUGGGUGGCUCGCUGCUGCCCAUCGUCGUCUCCCACGGCGAGGGCAGGGCCGAGUUCGCGGCGCCCGCCGCCGCUGGGCUGCAGGCCUGCAACGACGGCGGGCUCGCCCCGCUGCGCUACACGGACAACUACGGAAAGGUGACGGAGAAGUACCCCUUCAACCCCAACGGCAGCCCGCAGGGUAUCGCCGGCGUCCGGAGCAGGGACGGCAGGGUGCUGGCCAUGAUGCCGCAUCCGGAGAGGACGAUCAUGGCGGACGUGGCGAGCUGGGCGCCGAGGGAGGAGGUCGACCGGUGGGGCCAGUUCGGGCCGUGGCUGAGGAUGUUCCGGAAUGCUAGAAAGUGGGUUGGUUGA